UUUGCGUUUGAUUCUAUAGUAAUUAAAAUGACCACAGCAGCAAGGCCAACGUUUGAACCUGCAAGAGGAGGACGAGGAAAAGGAGAAGGAGACUUAAGUCAGCUAUCCAAACAAUAUUCCAGCAGAGAUCUUCCUUCUCAUACUAAAAUCAAAUAUAGACAGGCUACUCAGGAUGCUCCUGAAGAGGUGCGUAACCGUGAUUUCAGAAGGGAGCUGGAGGAGAGAGAACGAGUUGCUGCAAGAGAAAAGAAUAGAGAUAGGCCAACCAGAGAACACACAACAUCAUCCUCUGUGUCUAAGAAACCUCGACUAGACCAAAUUCCUGCAGCAAAUCUUGAUGCUGAUGAUCCACUUACAGAUGAAGAUGAUGAAGAUGAAGACCUGGAAGAGAGUGAUGAUGAUGACACUGCAGCUCUUCUGGCUGAACUAGAAAAAAUCAAGAAAGAGCGAGCUGAGGAACAAGCUCGAAAGGAACAAGAGCAAAAGGCUGAAGAGGAAAGGAUUCGAAUGGAGAACAUUCUGAGUGGCAACCCCUUACUGAACCUUACCGGCCCAGCGCAGCCUCAAGCAAACUUCAAAGUGAAGAGGAGAUGGGAUGAUGAUGUUGUCUUCAAGAACUGUGCCAAGGGAAUAGAUGAAACAAAAAAAGACAAAAGAUUCGUAAAUGAUACUCUGCGAUCAGAAUUUCACAAAAAGUUCAUGGAAAAAUACAUCAAGUAGUACAGUUUUAUGUGCUUUGGUGCUGAAGGACUUGGAAGGUCAUGGCUGUUUCCUCCAUCUCCCUCAGAAUUCAUGGCUGAAUACUUUAGUCAUGAAUUCCCAAAUGCUUUUCCAAGAUUAUCAACAGCUUCGUAAUUAAUAAUUGCUGUGUAUCUGAAGUAUUUUAUUCUUUCAGUAUGCUUUCUUUUUUGUUUUUAAUUAAACCUCUGUGUUUCACGAAUGUUUUUUUUAUUGUUGAUAUUCAUUUGCUUUUAACAGCCUUCAUGUAAAUGGUAGAAGAGAUAAUCUGAUUUGUCGUAAAUACUUGCAGCUGUUUAAAUUGUUUU